GCUGGCGCUUCGGGCACGCUGGCCAGCGGGGCGCUCCGGAGGCUCCUGUCUGUGGGCAGCGCGGCCGGUCUCCGGGCGGCCCGCGGCUGGCGGCGCUGCCUCGCGUUUCACGCUCGGCUCCUCCGGCGGCCGUCUCGGCCGCGGGAGUUGGCGACGGGAUGUGCUCGGCCGGGGAUCUGCUCGGCGGCGGCGGCGGCGGCGGCGGCGGCGGCGGCGGGGAGCGCGACGAGGACCGGGACGCGCUGGCGGAGCGGCCGGUGGCGGGGACAGAGCCGGAGCCCGGGGCGAGCCCGCGGCGACGCGGGCAGCGGCCGCUGGAGGAGCGCGAGCAGGAUAUUGAAGAAUCACAAAACCACACUGGCGAGCCUGUUGGAGAUGACUACAAAAAGAUGGGAACACUUUUUGGUGAAUUGAACAAAAGCCUCAUCGACAUGGGCUUCACAAGGAUGUAUUUUGGAGAAAGAAUUGUGGAACCAGUAAUAGUCAUUUUCUUUUGGAUUAUGCUGUGGUUCCUUGGCCUACAAGCUCUUGGAUUAGUUGCUGUUCUUUGCCUUGUCAUUAUUUAUGUGCAACAGUAAAAUAUGGCCGAAUAAGCUGUUGUUUGACAUCUGGUAGCCAUAUAUGUGAUUAGUGAAGUUAUAUAUUUCACUACAUGGAAGCCGAGAAGUUUGCCUUGUUUCAAAUUGUGUGCUGUUUUGUAAUUUGUAAGUGGAUGUUGUUUAAAGUUAAACUCAACUCUUGAUUAUAACAGGGUUGAAAAUAUAUUUUGUAGCUUAUUCAAGUCUUUACUACUGUGAUCUGUGCCCACUUUUAAACACCCUUCCCUUAUUCCCAUGCCAAAUCUUAACACCACCAAAAAGUGAGCAGGAAAAUAGCGGGAUAUGGAAUUCAAACUGGGCAAUAUAGGUCUUGAAAGAAUUCCAAAAAACAUUUUAGAAGAAAAAGGAUGAAACAAGGAACUAAAAAAUAAGUUUUAAUGGGAGAAUUGCCCCCAACCACACCCACCAAAUAACCCCUUAUUAUUUGAGAAAUAAUUUGGAUGUCUAUUGUUCCUGCUCAGCCAAACCAAUAUAAAUGGUAAUUAUGAUACACUACCUUAAUAUUGUGAUGAAAAUCAGUAAACCUAGCACAUUUUCUGAAGAUUGAAAAGGAUAUAUUUAUUAUCACGGAUGAAAAGUAUAUGUAACUUUUUUAUGAUGCAAUAUUUGGGCCUCAAAUCACUUCAGUACAUCAUUUGAAGUUUUAGACAAUUUUGGUGCUAAUUACCUUUUGUGAAUUUUUUAAGUCUCAUAAGCCAUGUCUAUUGCUGGCUGCACCCCAUGGUAAUGCUAUAUUUUCUUGUAUCUAACAAGUUAUGUAUUUUUUUUCUAGAGAAACAUUUUCCAUGUAUUUUUUUCCAGAAAUUUACAUUUUAUAGUUCUUUUAUAACAAUUAUCUUAAGAUUUAAAAAAAAAAUCUCUUUCCUAUCUUGGCAUGGAUAUUUCCCCCCAAAAAAUUGAUUUGUAUUAUGGCUGAAAUAUUUUACUAUGCCUUUAAGGAAAAAAAAUCAGCUCAUUUUCUUUCGUAUCUGUGUUGGAAAAUACAGUACUACGGUAUAAAACCAAAUGCUUAAUGAAAUUUAACAGCCAAUGUAAUAGUAUUCCUUUAAGGCUAAAGCCAAAUCAUUAAUUUACCAGUCAUGUUAUUAAUUUGUCUUAAUUCAGCACUUUGGGGUUUUAUAUUUCUUUGAAUACACUUUAAAAAUAGAAAAUGGCUUAGUGAUAUUUUGGAUUUUGUUAAAGAGCCUAAAAUCUGUACACUUGUGUCUCAGAGUCCUUCUAUAUAGACAAAGGAGGAGUAUUAAAGAUAAUUAUCUAGAAAUUCAAGUUAUAAGAGGGAAAUGGGACAAUUCAGUAUUUUUAUCUUUGGUAGCGCAGUUACUAAAGUAUAUGAAGUGUUUAAUAUUCUGCUUUGAAAAGUUUUUACCCAAUCCUGUUUUAAAAAUUUAUAAGUUCUCAGUGUCUUCCAUGCUGAAGCAGAAAACUGAUGAAAAAUGUUCAACUUAAAUUUCUAAAAUCAGAUAACCCCUGAACAAAAAUACCAAUUGAAGGGCACUAAAAAGUAUUGUGGAUUUGUAUAAAUACAGACCUUUUAAAGUUUGACAAAAGAGAAAGACUUUGUACUAUAUCAUUGUGUUUUUAUUGGGUUUGAAAUAUUUUUAUAGAAACCUUUAUGAAUUUGGCAUAAAGGCAAGCUAUUUGAAAAGGUGUCUUCAUUCGUGCACAGUAGAAUUGAGAGGUUUUUAAUAGAAGUAAUGAAAUUUUAUAUAUCUGCAUUAAAUAUUAAAAAGUGCACUCUUUUCUAAUGCUACCAAGAAUUUUAAUUUUUCCUUUGGAAUAUAAAAAAGAUACAGUAUGCAUAAUAAUAGCUCUAAUUCCACCAGUGCUAAUAUUGAAAAAAAAUGUUUAAGUUUGAAUAGUAAUGAUUUAAAGUAUACUGUCAAUACUAUGUAUCUGCACACUGCUGUUAAUAGGGUAUAUAUUAAAUCACAUAAAGAAAUGAGAUAUUUUGCUGCUAUUCUUUCUAAAAUUUUUAUUAGAGCAGUAUACCAUCAAAUUGUUUGCUUUGGUAGGGAAAAAAACAAACUUUGCUUGUUUUAUAGAAAUAAUAUAUUUUCUUUUAUGAAAUAUAUUAGAAUGUAGAUUAUACUUGUGCCCUGAAAUGAAAAGAAACUGGUUAUUUCUUUGGUUCAUGGUAUAAGAAAUUAGAUGGAAAAUGGUUCUCAGUCAUUUCAAUCUCAGAUCCAAGCCAGUUUUAGAAACUGUUAUUCCUUAUGAAUAAGGACAUAGAAGUUACAAUGCUAAGAUUAUUAGAUUAUUAAUGUAUGCAUCAUUCAUAUCACAGUUCUCAAUUAAAAUGGAAAAGGUUAAAAUCUACAAAUAAACUGGCUAGAGAUGAAUAAGUCAAUUUUCCUUAAAGUAGAAACUCAGUGUUUUAUAGAAUUCAGUCCUCUCAUAUCUUAAGCUGUGAUAUGCAAGGUAUUUUCCCAUUCCUGGCCACCAGUCAAAUCAUACUUGGUCCAGUAGUGUACUGGAGCCAGCUUGCACUUACUUGCAAAUAACAAUUACACAUACUUUCCCCCUAGUCCUCCUUCAGUGGCAUCAGUUGGUAGCUUGAAAUGGUCUAUGAGGGGAGAAUUUAUGCUACCAAAAUUGGCAAACACAAUAAAUCAGGGCCCAUUUUCUCCUAGCAAGCCAGUUGUUAAACAUAUGUCUGCAUGCCACCUAUUAGCCACUCUAGAGGUCACAUCCCUAUUUUGACUUCUACAGAUAUAAAAGGAAGCAUAUUGAGGCAAAUUCCCAUCAAUCCAUCCAAAACUGUAUUUGGAUCUUUUCCAUGUGGUAAUUAUGAAUUAUGGUUGUCUUCUGACCAACACAAACACAUCUCUAUAAUCACAUGUUUUGAUCAGAGAAAAUCUCUCUGGGCUGUCACUGAGCUGCACAUCCAUUAAAGGCUAUCCAGAUGAUCAGGAAAUAAACAGUUACAGAACUGAUGGAAGGCAAAUUACAGCAUAAAGGUUUGUUGUAAAGUAGAAAGCUCAAAUUAGUCAAAGCUAGGUAUUGAGCAAUCAAGGGCUGUUUAUAUGGUUUGUAGAGUAUAUUAACAGUUAUUUUAUAAAUGUUUACUGAUUUCAGGUUAUUUUAAAUGUUUUUAUUGGCAAUUCAUGGCUUCAGAAGGUCAGAAAAGAGAAAACAAUAAGACUUUCAUACCUGUUAAUAUUUCCAGUAAUAGACUUGGCCAAGGAGAAUAUAAGGAAAACAUAGCCUAUUCUCUCAUCACCCUGCACAUUGCCUUGGACAGUGUCACCACCCCAAUGGCUUCAGCUACCAUUGCAAUCUGUAUCUCCAGUUGAGAAUAUAAAAUCCACACAUUCAAUGCUUGCCCAAUAUUUGUACCUGCCUAUCCCUUAGUACCUCAGAUCUGGUAUACAUAAAAUAAAAAGGAACUCAGCAUCCUUCUCCCGAACCAUCUUUUUCUUCCUAUUUUUCCAAUCUCAGCAAAUAACAAUUGUCUCCUACACUGCCCACUUAUAACCAGUUGACAAGUCCUGUCUAUUUUACUUCCUAAAAAACGUCUUUAAUCUUUAUGCCUCUCCCAGAUUCCCAGUAUCACUAACUUAGUUCAUAUCACCAUCAUCUCCCUAGAUUGCUAUCACAGGAUCUUAAUUGGUCUCCCCUGCCUUCAUUUUUCACUCUAUAAUCAGAAUACUCUUUCUAAAUCAUGAUUCUGAUUUCCUUGGCCUAAAUCUUGCCAAUGGCUUCCUGUUUCCAUUAUGAUAAAGACCCUACUCCUUAAUAUAUUUUACAAGGCCCCUCUGGUUCUUGCAUGCUUCAUCUCUCUGUACUACUACUGUCCCUUUCCAACACAGCUUUACUGAAAUUUUUUUUUCAGUUCCUUGUGAGAGAUGUGCUUACUCACUUCCAGAACUCUGUACCUGCUUUAGCUUCUCUCUUUAACCCCACCCCCAAACUGACUAACAUAUCCACAACUUUAAGACCUUUAGACAUAAUGUCCCCCAGGAAAAUUUCUCUGAUUGUUAACUCCAGUUUGAUAUUUCGUGUGUUUUCAGAGAACCCAGCACUUCCCCUAUCAGCACUUAUCAUGCUAUAUUGUAAUAGCUUGUCAGUUUCUUCCUUUUUUAAAAAAGAUUUAUUCAUUUAUUUGAGAGAGAGGGCACCUGCACACACAUGCACAGGAGUGAGGAGGGGCAAAGGGAGAGGGAGAAAAGAAUCCCAAGCAGGCUUAGCACUGAGCAUGAGCCCAAGGCAGGGCUCUAUCCUUCCAACCCAAGAUCACUACCCUAGCGGAAACCAAGGGUCCACCACCCAACCUACCAAAGCCAACCAGGCACCCCUGGCAGCUUCUUCCUUUAGACAAUAGGCUCCACAAGGGCAGGGAACAUUUCUAUCUGGUUCAUAAAUUGCAUUGUCUAACACAAUGCCUGGCACAUAAUACAUGCUCAAAAUAUUUGGCAAAUUAAUAAAUCAACUUCAUUUAUUCACGUACUUCCUGUGGUGCAUUAACAAAAAUUUAGCAUUGGUUGUAUUUUAGAAUUCUUUCACUCCAAAAGUAUGCUUAUAGUGCAUAAAGAAAGUGAAUUGAUGUAUAUAUUAUCAUUUAUAAGGUUUAUUCACUUUUGAUGGAAGAAUAUUGCUAUUAUUUGCAUAUGCAGUAUUACUACUAUACACUUGCAUAUUUUUAGGAGACUAUGUAUUUUCAGUGUUGUACUUAGUGGAAUCACUAUUUCUUCAAAAGGAAUAUUUUAGAAUGCAUAUGGUCACUGAUGCUACCUAAAUUUCAUAUUUUUCCAGUAUUUUUCAAUAUGGACUUUUAUCUACUAAAUUUUAAUUUUUUAAAAAAAACUCAGAAGUUGUGAUCAGGAACUCUCAAGUAUCUAAGCUUGGGUAUUUCAGGCUGCAGAAUAAAUCCGCUCUAAAAUGUUUUAGUCGCCCAGAUCAUAUAUGUUAAAUAACAUGUAUAUAAAGUACUUUGUUACUUUUCCAAUAAAUAAUACUCUUUCACAACCCUG